AAUAAAACAUGAGGGUACGAUGUGUUCCACCCUUCUUUUCCCCCAGCUGGAACUUUGUCAAGCAACAUUGGAGGUCGGAUGGGCUUCGCCACCUACCUAUCACUAGUCACAAGGGGAUGCACCUGCUGCCCCACAGCCAAAAUGCACUGACUUCCAGAAUGCCAACCCCUUCCGAGGCACCAACCUGAAAGUCCAGUUUCUCCUCUUCAUCCCUUUAGAUCCUGGAUGUGGGCAGCUACUGGGAGAAAGCAGUGACAUCCAAAAAUCUGGAUUCAAUGCCACUCUAGGAACCAAGCUAAUUAUUCAUGGAUUCAGGUGGGAGCUAACCAACCAAUAGGCUCUCCUCUCCUAAGAAUCAUGCAGGGCCCAUAAAGCCACAGGAAAUUAGUGGGGAGCAAAGGGGGAAACAGAUUUACUGGCUGUCACACAUCCCACCCCUCAUGGCCUGCUGUCUUUGAUGGUGUCUUGUAUAAUCCUGCAUAUUCAUUAUGCUGUUCAUUCUCGUUGUUCAUACAUGUUAUUCCUCUAUUCAGUCUUGUUCACACACUCACAAACAGUACACAGAUAGUUUAGUUCCCAUAUCUGAAUCAAAGAGGUUGUACUAGGGAUGGUCUAGUAGUCCUUGGAUAAAAACACUGUGGUGGGUAGGGUGGAAUUUCAACUUGAUUGGCUUUGGGAUCCACCCUGGGGACUGAGAGCACACUUCUCAGUGUGAGCCAUGGAGGUGUGGCCUUGGGGUCUAUGACUGGUCCCUGGUCCCUUCCUUUCUGUCACUGUUCCUCUGUUCUGUUUCCUGGCCACCAUAAAAUGAGCAGCUUUGCUCCUCCAUGUCCUUCCAUCAUGAUGUUUCAGCUUGGAACCAGCCAAUCAUAGACUGAAACUAUGCACAAAUAAUUAAACCUCUCUUCCUUUAAGUUGUAGGUGCUGGGUAUUGCAUUCAACAAUGAGAAAGAACUAAUACAAACACCAUCCUGUUAGCCAGGGUGUAUGGGUUGCAUGAUAUAACUCAUUUCAGACAAGAUCACAGGCUUUUUGCAGUUACUCAGAAGUAACAGCAUGGUGUUUUCACUCAGGGUUUUAUUUCCUCUUUUUCACUUUUUCCCUGGUUUCAUGACCUGAUAAACUUCUAUUUAGGUUGCUAUUUUCAUCAUACUCAAAGAUUGACAUUUCUCAGGAGCUAGGCACUUCUCUUCUGCAAUUUCUGACACCCUACAGCACAAAUUUUGUUGUAAUAAAUAGUCACUCAGUUUCAUUUCAGUCACCAUCUUUCUUUCACAUACCUAUUCUCCAAAGCCCACCAACAAGACCAAAAACAGAGAAAGGUUUCUGGGAGGAAGGAGGGCAUGGCUUUGUAAAAUACCAGCACCAUUCAGCAGUUAGAGUUAAAGAGGUGGCCACAGGCACUGCCCAGAAGCUCACCAGUUUCUGAUCUUUGGUCUCUCUCUGUCUCUUUGACUCUCAUACUCAACUGCUUAUUCAUUCUCUAGCAAAUCUUACAUUCAGCCACAACACAAGGCUGAGUGUGUACCUCCAACCAGGGAUAGUGAGUAGAGAGUUAUCAGACUAGUUAUUCGAUCUGCUCUUAAAUCCCCAAAACCACAUCCCAGGGUUCAUACCCAGUCUGUACUUCUCUGUCUGUGUGAGCAAGCUCACAUUGUUCCUAUUGUGGGAAUUAUUGGAAACACUUCUUUUUUGGUCUCAAUCAGUUGGGAAAGCUUCCUGAAGAAUUUUCCAUCACUCUUUUCCUGAAAACACUCAUUAUACUGUAAGUUGCAGAAGAACAGGGACUAUAUUUUACUUGCCUUUAUUUCUUGGAAAACAACUAGCAUAUUGUGUGGCUCAUAGGUACUCAGUAAGUGUUUAGUGAAUGGACAGGUACAAAAAUGAAUGAGCAUCCUCAAGGAAAGAGCCUAUGUUCUAGAUUGGAUUUAAGAUUGCAAAUCCUAACUCUAAGGUACAAAGCAAUUUUCUUUUCCACAAAUAACACACACAGAGUCAGGAGAGGACAUAUGGCAUAUGUAAUGUAUGCACUGCACAAAGGUGGCUGAUGAAGGUAGUGCUAAAAUCCAACCUAAGUUCUGGACACUGGCAUGAGGCUGCAUCUACUGGGAGCAAAAGGCAGCCUUGUAUAAGGCUUGGCAACUUUGGACUUCUGUUCACCCUGUGUUCACUGUGCGAUUGACUCCCUGUAUACCCCUCUUUGGUUUGGACUUCUCCUCUGGAUUUGGGAUUAAUAGAGGUUUCCAUGGCAAUGGAUUAUCAGCUUGGCAGCUAAUUUUCCUCUUUAUUUUUGGCCCCAUGUCAAGGGCUUUAGGAACAAAGCCUUCCUGGAUCGAUGCAUUCAUUAGAGCCCUUCUGCGAGCAGCAGAUGCUAAUGUCAUUGCUGUGGAUUGGGUUUAUGGAUCUACGGCUGUCUACUACUCAGCCGUGGAUAACGUUGUUAAGCUGAGCCUAGAGAUCUCCCGUUUCCUCAGGAAACUCCUGGUAGGUGCAGAAGAGCUCGAGGAUCUGGGUGUGUCAGAGUCUUCAAUCCACAUCAUUGGUGUUAGCCUAGGAGCCCACGUCGGGGGCAUGGUAGGACACUUCUUCAAAGGCCAACUGGGACGGAUCACAGGCCUGGACCCCGCAGGACCAGAGUACACCAGGGCCAGCCUAGAAGAGCGCCUGGAUGCUGGAGAUGCCCUCUUCGUGGAAGCCAUCCACACAGACACUGACAAUUUGGGUAUCCGGAUUCCAGUGGGACACGUGGACUACUUCGUCAACGGAGGCCAAGACCAGCCGGGCUGUCCCUUGUUCAUUCAUGCAGGUUACAGCUAUCUGAUCUGCGAUCACAUGAGGGCUGUCCACCUCUACAUCAGCGCCCUGGAGAACUCCUGUCCCUUGAUGGCCUUUCCCUGUGCCAACUACAGGGCCUUCCUGGCUGGGCACUGCCUGGAUUGCUUUAACCCUUUUUUGCUUUCCUGUCCAAGGAUAGGGCUGGUGGAACAAGGUGGUGUCCAGAUAGAACCGCUUCCCAAGGAAGUAAGAGUCUACCUACAGACCACUCCCAAGGCCCCAUACUGUGUGCAUCACAACCUUGUGGAGUUUUACCUGCAGGAGGCAAGAAAAAAGGACACCAGCAUUGAGAUCAGCUUUGUUAGCACCAAUGUCACCUCCUCGGUCAAGAUCACCAUAGCUAGACAACAACUCCAGGGGAAAGGAAUCUUAGCCCACCCCAACCUUCCAUGCCAGAUAAACCAAGUGGUAUUCAAGCUUCAGGCUUCCAGUCGAGUUUGGAAAAAACACAGGACCAUUGUUGGGAAGUUCUGUACAGCUCUUCUGCCUGUCAAGGACAGUAAAAAGACAGUCUGCUUACCUGAGCCAGUGAACUUACAAGAGAGUGGGUCUGUUUUUCAUGACUGGAAAAUAUCCUGUGUAUAGCAUAAGCCUGGGCAGGACACAUCUCCCUGGAAUUUUUUGAGGUGUGUGUGUAUGUGUGUAUACAACUUGUGUUAGACCAUUAUUACUAAGGAAGAAGUUAAAAUUCUUGGUUAUUUUUCUCAUAAUUAGCUCCAUGGAAGGGAAAGAUGAUUCAUUUGAUACAACCUGAUCUCCAUUGCCAAUCUGAAAAGCUUUACAUAGAUACUAUUUUCACUUCCCUAUUCUGAUGUCAUUGCCAUUGCCUCAUUCCUUGGGCAUCUGUACUUAGGAGUCAGUGGAAACAUAUACAGAGAAAAAUGGCUUUUAAAAAAUCA